AGUGUGCUCGUGUGUGCAACCAAAGGAGGGAGUGCGAGAGAUCCACGAAGCGACAGGCUUGGAGUCGCUAGAGGGAGGUGUGGGACCAGCGAGGAGGGGGCUUCGCCAGGGAGGGGGUGCUGGCAGGCGGAGGGAGCGGCGGGAGGAGGCGCCGGGGGAGGAGACGGAGGCCUGGGGACGGCAGAAGAGGCUUCGCCUGAGCCAAGCGCUCUUUCUCUCGCCGCGCCGUCUUGAAGCAGCCCGGGCUCGUGAGCAGCGCGAGGCCGCCAAGGUGCCUCGCUUCGCCAGAGCCGCUGCUGCCCGCCGGAGGGAAGCCGGCCUCGGGCGCGCACGCUCGCCGGAGCCCAGGCGCGCCCCGCGCCUGAGCCUGCUGACAGCUGCCGCUGGGCUCAGGCUGUCCGCUCUGGGCUCCGCGGCCUCGGCCCCGCUGCACUCCACCUCCGCCCCCUCGGACUCCCUCCCCUCUGCUUCUACUCCUCCUGCUCCAGUGCGGAUCGUUUCGCAACUGCUUGCCACUCGCCCCGUGCCCGGCUGUUUUUCCAUUUCCCGGCCCCCUCUUCUUGAGUACUUUACCCCCUGCAUUUGGGGACAGGGACUGGAAAAGGGGCGGGUGGAGCGUCCAGUGGAGAAGAAGGAAGCGAGGCCCGCAGGAGGAGGAGGAUCGGCGGACCGUGGGGAGGAGACCCCACGCCACCCUUUCUGGUCAUCUCCCCUCCCGCCCCGCCCCUGCGCACACUCCCUCGCGGGCGAGCUACUUUCGGACCAGGAAAGUAAGGGCGGCCCUGGGUGACAGCGCCGCGGGGCCAGUCCCGGGGUUAGCCGCGCUUCUGCUCGCUUCUGGUCCGUCGCGCUCCCAGCCAGGGCACAGCCCGGAGCGAGGAUGGCUUCGACCACAACCUGCACCAGGUUCACGGACGAGUAUCAGCUUUUCGAGGAGCUUGGAAAGGGGGCAUUCUCAGUGGUGAGAAGAUGUAUGAAAAUUCCUACUGGACAAGAAUAUGCUGCCAAAAUUAUCAACACCAAAAAGCUUUCUGCUAGGGAUCAUCAGAAACUAGAAAGAGAAGCUAGAAUCUGCCGUCUUUUGAAGCACCCUAAUAUUGUGAGACUUCAUGAUAGCAUAUCAGAAGAGGGCUUUCACUACUUGGUGUUUGAUUUAGUUACUGGAGGUGAACUGUUUGAAGACAUAGUGGCAAGAGAAUACUACAGUGAAGCUGAUGCCAGUCAUUGUAUACAGCAGAUUCUAGAAAGUGUAAAUCAUUGUCACCUAAAUGGCAUAGUUCACAGGGACCUGAAGCCUGAGAAUUUGCUUUUAGCUAGCAAAUCCAAGGGAGCAGCUGUGAAAUUGGCAGACUUUGGCUUAGCCAUAGAAGUUCAAGGGGACCAGCAGGCGUGGUUUGGUUUUGCUGGCACACCUGGAUAUCUUUCUCCAGAAGUUUUACGUAAAGAUCCUUAUGGAAAGCCAGUGGAUAUGUGGGCAUGUGGUGUCAUUCUCUAUAUUCUACUUGUGGGGUAUCCACCCUUCUGGGAUGAAGACCAACACAGACUCUAUCAGCAGAUCAAGGCUGGAGCUUAUGAUUUUCCAUCACCAGAAUGGGACACGGUGACUCCUGAAGCCAAAGACCUCAUCAAUAAAAUGCUUACUAUCAACCCUGCCAAACGUAUCACAGCCUCAGAGGCACUGAAGCACCCAUGGAUCUGUCAACGUUCUACUGUUGCUUCCAUGAUGCACAGACAGGAGACUGUAGACUGCUUGAAGAAAUUUAAUGCUAGAAGAAAACUAAAGGGUGCCAUCUUGACAACUAUGCUGGCUACAAGGAAUUUCUCAGCAGCCAAGAGUUUGUUGAAGAAACCAGAUGGAGUAAAGAUAAACAACAAAGCCAACGUGGUAACCAGCCCCAAAGAAAAUAUUCCUACCCCAGCGCUGGAGCCCCAAACUACUGUAAUCCACAACCCUGAUGGAAACAAGGAGUCAACUGAGAGUUCAAAUACAACAAUUGAGGAUGAAGAUGUGAAAGCACGAAAGCAAGAGAUUAUCAAAGUCACUGAACAACUGAUCGAAGCUAUCAACAAUGGGGACUUUGAAGCCUACACAAAAAUCUGUGACCCAGGCCUUACUGCUUUUGAACCUGAAGCUUUGGGUAAUUUAGUGGAAGGGAUGGAUUUUCACCGAUUCUACUUUGAAAAUGCUUUGUCCAAAAGCAAUAAACCAAUCCACACUAUUAUUCUAAACCCUCAUGUACAUCUGGUAGGGGAUGAUGCCGCCUGCAUAGCAUAUAUUAGGCUCACACAGUACAUGGAUGGCAGUGGAAUGCCAAAGACAAUGCAGUCAGAAGAGACUCGUGUGUGGCACCGCCGGGAUGGAAAGUGGCAGAAUGUUCAUUUUCAUCGCUCGGGGUCACCAACAGUACCCAUCAAGCCACCCUGUAUUCCAAAUGGGAAAGAAAACUUCUCAGGAGGCACCUCUUUGUGGCAAAACAUCUAAGGCCUGAAAACCAUUCACAUAUGGGUCUUCUAAAUAUCAACAGUGCCACUUCUGCAUUCUCUGUUCUCAAGGCACCUGGAUGGUGACCCUGGGCCGUCCUCUCCUCCUCUUCAUGCAUGUUUCUGAGUGCGUGAAGUUGUGAAGGUCCUACAUGUAAUGCAUAUGUGAUGCAUCAUCUUAUCAUAUAUUCCUUCCUAUACAUUGUUUACACUUCAACUACGGGGAUGUUCCACGCAAACUUAAAUUACUGUUGGCAAAACAAUAGGGGGAGAUUAGACAAAAAAAAAAUCCACAAUAUUCCAAGUACAACUCUUCAUCAAGUUUCUCUGUUAAUGCCAAGAUUUAACAGACUUAAGAACUAUUGUUCUCUGAAUGACAGUUUGUAAGAGAAAUGUAAAUUUUUUAGAACUGUUUGCUGUUAAUCUGUUUUGGCUUGUUUGGUUUUUUUUUUUUUUUUAAGAUAAAAAAAUACACCUUCAGUUUCCUGGUGUGAUCCUGGUUAAAAUGGAUGAUUUUUCAUUGAAAGUUUUGCUGAUUAACAAUUACAGUGGGUUGAUAUGUGGGCAAAAUCACUUAUGAAAGUAGAAGCAAGAAUCAGUUGGUUUGCUACCACAUAUGCUACCACAUAUUACAUGCUGUUUUUGGUCAAACUAUGUAAACUGGAAAAAUUCACAUCAUUUCUGAGUUUAAUCACUUUAGGAUAUAUUCACAUUGUUUUCGUGAAUUUGCUGAAUUGAAUUGUUUUUCUUUCUCAAAUCUGUGAUCUCUUUUCUUUAUCCUGUUUCUUUGUUCCUUUUGUUUGCUUUCUUUUUUUAUUUUUCUUUUGUUCCAUUCUUUUCUUACUUUUUUCCCUUUUCCUUGUUUGGGGAGGCCGGCUAGUAGUGUGUGAGAAAAGAAUAAAAGUGAAAUUUGCAUAAUGAAGGUAAAAGGGAAAUAAAAGUCUUUUGAACGUAGCUAUACUAGCACUUUUGAUCAUCUUCAGGGCCCACAAAAAUGUUGUCAAGAUUUUAAAGGUUUAUAAUUCUGCUUAAGCUCUAGUUUGGACUUAGGUAUCCUAACUAUGUUGGAGGUAUUUGCAUUGUUUAAAGUUAGGAUAAAAGCAAGUUCCUCCUGUGACUGCAACGUCUUACUGAUUGGGACAGUUGCCAGGAGGAUACCAAGUUGAUAGCAGAGGGGGUUUUAUGCAAACACACUCACCUCUGCCUUGGGGAAUGAAAGGGUCACUUCUGCAUCAUCACUAGCUAGUUUUCUAGCGUUAGAGAGGCUUACAAAUGUUUGCCAUUCUCAUAAGUGUUUUGAACUUGAUCUUUGUGACUUGUGCUUUUUUAGCUUCUCUCUUGAAUCAGAGUAUCAUUGUCUUCCUCCAAGGAGUUAGGAUUUCCCAGUUUAAAACAAAAAGGGAAAUGUCCUAGGUUUUCUUUGUGCUUCUCAUUUUUCCUUUGUUGAUUCAAUUCCUGUGAUUUUUGUUCUCUUCCCUGAAAUGCUUUACAGUGCAUGGAAUCUCCAUCAUUGUUAUUUUAACGAUAGUAAUUCACAGUCCUCAGAAGCCUAUUUUUAAAGCAGAAGCAAAAAAGAAAAACAAAACAACAAAAACAACCCUUCCUCUUUUCUCUCAUCUCACCUCUCUGUGUUGAUUACUAAUCAUCUUAGAUAUUAUUGCUAGUGGAUGUAUGGUAGAUGAGUUGAAGCUUUUCUGAUAAUUAUUACACAAUUUAAAACAACAUAUAUAUUUAAAAUAAAUAUAUACAGUAAAUAUAUUGAGCCAUGUUAACCUGCCAAUGAGAUCUGUGAAAAAAUAAUGGCCUCAUUUUUCCCUUUUUAAUUUCUUUUACCCUUUUGUGAAGCAGCUAUACGUGGCAUACAUGUAUUUAAAGAAAAAAAAAAUAGGUGUAGAGUGUUUUUUUUACACUUUUAACUUAGCAUGUGGUGUUGAAGUAUUACUGUAGAUCAAGUUUGUCUUCCGCACUAAGAUGUGAGGAAAUUGUGAUUUGUUCUCUCCACCACAAAUGAAUUACACAUUUAUUAUCUUCUAUCAUUUUGAAACACUGCAGUUUACCAUGGGACACUGUAUAUAUUUCUUGCCAUAAUGGUAAAGGACUGAUUGAUAUAUUUAAGAGUUAAUAAAUUUGUGAUUUCUGCUGACA